AUGUCUGCCUUAAGAAAUAUCAAGUUCAAUGAAGAAGAAGAUGGGGAACUGCCUGUUCUCGUUACUGGUGAAGAGGAUAAUUUACAAGAAAUUUUGAAAAAUGUUUCAUAUGACGGUGGGAAUAUUGUCAGCGAUGCUAAAGUAGAAAGAGUAAAUAAGCAAGUGGACAAUGCUUCUACGAAUGUGACAGAUUUGCGUAAGAGGAAGCGUAUUCCAGUAAGCAUUAUUACUGGCUACCUAGGAUCAGGGAAAUCAACUUUACUGGAAAAAAUUGCUCUAAAAGGCGCAGAUAAAAAAAUUGCGGUGAUUCUGAAUGAAUUUGGAGAUUCGAGUGAAAUUGAGAAAGCUAUGACCAUCAAAAAUGGUUCGUCCAGUUAUCAAGAAUGGCUAGAUUUAGGAAAUGGGUGUUUGUGUUGUUCUUUGAAAAAUAUAGGUGUUAAAGCUAUUGAAGAUAUGGUGGAGCGCUCACCUGGAAAAAUUGAUUACAUUCUUCUAGAGACCUCUGGUAUCGCUGACCCUGCUCCAAUUGCCAAGAUGUUUUGGCAGGAUGAAGGACUGAAUAGUAGUGUGUACAUUGACGGGAUCAUCACCGUUUUGGACUGUGAACAUAUACUUAAGUGUCUGGAUGACGUUUCCGUGGAUGCACACUGGCAUGGUGAUAAAGUUGGCCUGAAGGGGAACCUGACUAUUGCGCACUUUCAAUUAGCCAUGGCUGAUCGCAUUAUUAUGAACAAAUACGACACUAUCGAACAUUCACCCGCGAUGGUCAAACAUUUGAAAGAAAGAGUACGGGAAGUAAAUUCUAUUGCACCAAUGUUCUUCACGAAGUAUAGCGACACUCCAAUAGACAAUUUGCUAGAUAUUCAUGCCUAUGACAGUAUACGAAUAUCUGACAUGUUAGGUAGCAAUACGGGAGAUGGGACAAUCCACGAUCAUCGAAUGGGCACAAUAAUGCUUACCUUUAGACCAUUAAAGAGCGAAGAGGAGUAUAACGAGAAGUUUAUCAAACAGUUUUUGCAACCUUUGUUGUGGAAGAACUUUGGGGCCAUGGCCGUACUAGAAGAGGGUUCCCAAGACGAUGGACGGGAUUGGGAAGUACAAAGAACCAAGGGCCUGAUACUCAUUGAAGGUGAAAAUCCAAUUCUUCGUGUAAUUCAGGGCGUCCGUGAUACAUACGAUGUGUUUCCAGGAGAAUAUGAUGGAUCCAAUAAGGAGUGUAAAAUUGUUCUAAUUGGAAAGUACCUGGAAAGGGAUUCUAUAGAGAAACUAUUACACAAAACAUUGAGAUAA